AUGUCUAAAGUCAAAAGGGCACCAGUUUCUCAAGAAGAUGAACCUCUUCUCCCAGCAGUCUCUGAAUCUACCCAAGCGUGGGUUAAACAACAGCGUAGGGAUGAAAGACGAGAGGAGAGACGUGAGCAAGGGCUGCGAGAGGAAGCGGAACGUGAGAGGGGGAGAACGAGAGAGUGGGAGGGGGAGAGAAUGAAUAGGGGGGGUAUAAAGAGAGUGAGGGCCAGAGCGAGAGCGAGAGGAGGGAGAGGAGAGAGAGGAGGGAUAGGGAUAGGGAGAGGAGGGAGAGUGAGAGGAGGGAAAGUGAGAGGAGGGAGAGGGAGAUUGAGUUUGAGAGAGCAUUCCGACAACCGCCAGCUCUAGAAAAGGGGCACAGAAAGAAACGUCAUCACCCAAAGAUGUUUUCCAAGCUUGGAUCCGAAGCAAUCGACCGUUAA